GGCCAUGUCGUAUCGCAUCUUCUUCCUUCUUCUUCAUCUCUUCUUGUCCAGCGCGUGUGUCUGGGUCAGCAGGAGCACCCCACCCCCUGCGGCUGGUCCUGGUGACCGAGUGAGAAACCGGCGACUUCUUCUUUCCUAAAGCAGGUGGAUCUCCAUUCUUAAAUCGACGUUACUCUUCAACAAAACAACAAGAAGAAGAAAAUUCUAUUAACAUCUAGAUACCACCGGUGGUUGUUGUUUGAAGCGAAGAAGAAGAUGCGUUAUCGGUCGUCAAAGUAGGCCGCGGCGAUAGUGUUUUGGUUCUUAUUCUUCAAUUACUGUCUGUCUGAUAUCCGCGCGAGAAAAAAAAAGUGACGAUCGAUCGUGUCGAAGUCUUCUUCACUCGACGGCUGGAUAAGAGAAGAUUUGCUUGGUACUUUUUUUUCGCGGUCUCUUAGCGGAUAUUUACUUAAAAAACUGUGAAUUUUGUGGCUUUUUUAAAGGACCUUUUUGACCUGUUAAAAGAUCUUAAAAAUAUUUUUUUCCAAUUUGAAAGUACUACAGAGGAAAAGUACCAACUUUAGAGGAGAAUCAAAUACUUUUUUAGGAGCUGGUAAAAUUAAAGGACGAUGCGAUUACACAAAUUUUUGAUAAUCGGCCUAUUAUGUAUAGCGCUAUCCAUUCAUGCAGAAGAAGUAGAAGUAGUUGAAGCCAUACCAAGCGACAACAACGAUGACCACUCAAAUAAUAUCGAAAAAGAUAACAAAAACGACCAGAUUAAUCUUGAAACCUCCGAAGAAAAAGAUCCACCUAAGAAAAUGCCAUUUGUUGGCCCUUCAAGAAAUGGUAAUCCAAUGAAUCUACCUCCACAAUUACCAUCCAGAAGUAAUGGAGGACAAUAUUACAAUAACCAUAAACCUUACAAAAACAAACCAAACUACGAAAAUAAGAAUUCUUAUAAUGGACCUCCUCCACCACCUCCAAAGCAAGCCAUGGACAAAUAUGAUCAGUAUGGACCUCCAGCCGGAGAUAUUUGGCCAGCUCCUGCACCUGAUAUGCCGAAAAUAAUUUCUUUGGAUGUCAAAUGUGAGAAGAAUUUAAUGAAAGUCUAUAUAGGUUUUGACAAGCCAUUCUAUGGAAUAGUAUUUAGCAAAGGUCAUUAUAGUAACGUACAUUGUGUUCACUUACCUGCUGGUCUUGGUAGAACAUCCACUCAUUUUGAAAUUGGCAUUCAUGCUUGUGGAACAUCAGGCAAUACUGAAAAUGGGUUGUAUGGAUAUGGAGCUGAAAGUGGUAGUGGAACCUAUUUUGAGAAUAUUAUCGUUAUACAAUAUGAUCCUCAAGUUCAAGAAGUCUGGGAUCAAGCUCGUAAACUAAGGUGUACCUGGCACGACCAAUAUGAAAAAUCAGUUACUUUCAGACCAUUCCCUGUUGAUAUGCUAGAUGUUAUUAGGACCGAUUUUGCUGGAGACAAUGUUGGAUGCUGGAUGCAAAUUCAAGUCGGAAAAGGUCCAUGGGCAUCAGAAGUCUCAGGUUUGGUUAAGAUUGGUCAAACUAUGACGAUGGUGCUUGCUAUUAAAGAUGAAGAUAACAAAUUUGACAUGUUGGUAAGGAACUGCAUGGCUCAUGAUGGAAAAAGAGCGCCAAUUCAGUUGGUGGAUCAAAAAGGAUGUGUUACCAGACCCAAACUCAUGUCCAGAUUUACAAAGAUCAAAAACUUUGGAGCCAGCGCAUCCAUCUUGUCAUAUGCCCACUUCCAAGCCUUUAAGUUCCCUGACUCCAUGGAAGUGCACUUCCAAUGUACCAUCCAGAUCUGCAGAGGUCAGUGCCCUGAUCAAUGCUCUGAUGGAUUAAAUCACAUUGGUUACCAAAACAGUCUUCUUGAGCUCUCACACGGUCCAGAAAGUCAGUAUGGUCCUCCACCAUCUCUCCCAAUUGAACACUAUCUCCAUUCGGGUCAUCCCAGAGACGAACGAAGAAUGAAAAGAUCACUCCAAACAGAACCUGAAACGGAAGUUGGUGUCAAUCGGGUCAUUCGUGUGGUGAGCACUGGAGAUCUUACAUUUUCCCUGGACGAAAAUAGUACGACUACUGCUCCCACCAUGGUGUUUCCUGGAUCUAAUGACCAGCUAGUCGCGGCAAACGGAUUAAUUUGUAUGACAACUCCUGGUUUUGCUGCUACUUUAAUCGUGUUAUUGGCAAUAAUGAUAAUUUCAUGUCUUCUGUCGGCAUUUUUGUGUGUUAAGCUAAAACCUUUUACGCAUAAGAAGAUUGUUGGUUGGGUUGGGUUUCCGACCACGCAAAAAGUUGCUGGUAAGACUGUGGCUACGUCAAAAAGUUGUUUUUAUUCGUGAUU